AAACAUCACCAAAGCUUCCUACCCUCUUCUCGCUGAAUUUAGCUUGUUUUUUUGUGAUAUAAACACGUGGAUUAAUAAGAUCCAACAUCACAUUCACAAUUGCAGAAUGUCGGGGGCUUCGUUGCGAAAGUGUAUAUCGUUGCUGGUUUAUAGAGGAAAAUUGUUCAGUCCCGAGCACAGUACUUCAUGUUCAUAUCACAAGAAGGUGGUUGAUCACUAUGAAAAUCCAAGAAAUGUGGGCUCUUUAGAUAAGAAUGCCCAGAAUGUGGGCACUGGGUUGGUGGGUGCACCAGCCUGUGGUGAUGUGAUGAAACUACAGAUACAAGUGGAUGAUAAUGGCAAGAUAGUAGAUGCAAAAUUCAAGACUUUUGGUUGUGGGUCAGCCAUUGCGUCCAGUUCUUUAGCUACCGAGUUGGUGAAGGGGAAAUCUGUUGAUGAAGCCCUCACUAUUAAGAAUACAGACAUUGCCAAGGAACUUUGCCUGCCUCCAGUCAAACUUCAUUGUUCUAUGCUCGCAGAAGAUGCCAUUAAAGCAGCAUUGUCAGACUAUAGACUAAAACAAGACAAGAAGGAGUAAAGCAAAUACAUGAAAUGUAACACACAGUUACAAUAGAAUACAAUUCAAAACAAUAAUACAAGGCACUGUGUGUGUCCAGUAAUUAAUAUGUUUUUGUACAGCCUUUGGAAGAGAACAUUAAAGAGAUGCAUUCCUGUAUUUCAGUCAUAACUAAUGUGAUUGUAAUGUAAUUAAGGCUUUAUUUGUGAGACUUAACAAUAAUUUAUGCUAAAAUAGGAUUGCUUAUUUGA